AUGGAUGCGUCUCAGAUCGACAUCUUCGAGAUUUAUCGAAGAUUCUGUGAUAUAAAAUCAGGACAUGCAUUUGUUGAUGGUGAAGAAGGGUAUAGACAAGACAGUGAGUUUCAGAAGGCUAAGGUGUCAAGGGAGGCACUGACACAGCUCUCAAAAUUGGUGGAGUCCAGAGUUUGUACAGGGGCAACGAUUUUUGAUGAACUUUCAAUGCUCAUGUCACGGCUGGGUUUGAUGGCAACCCUUUCAGAGUUUGCUCGGUUCUAUGAAUUUGUUUUCUUCAUGUGUCGCGAAAAUGGUCAAAAGAACAUCACUGUAAGCAAGGCAGUGACUGCUUGGAAAUUAGUUCUUAAUGGGCGGUUUCCACUACUUCAUCCAUGGUGUGAAUUUAUUGAGAAAAAUCAACGAUACAACAUAUCUGAGGAUACAUGGCAACAGGUUCUGUCUUUCAGCUUGUGUACGCGUGAUAAUCUAGAUGCUUAUGAUCCUGAAGGUGCUUGGCCUAUUUUAAUUGAUGAUUUUGUGGAGCAUAUGUACAGACAACCGGGAUCGUAUUAUGAAAAUUCCAACUUCCAGUGUAACUGUGGUGAUCCUGAAUCUCUGUCAAUUCCUGGACGAAGAAGUUUUGCUGGUCUAAAGAGGAAGUUAGCCGAGGAAGCAAGAAAAGAUGAUAUGGAGUACACUUAUUUAUCCGAGGAGAUGAAUUCGUCAAACUGUAAAAGAAGUAGAUCAUUCGGUGUUGCUGAUUGCGAGGAGGACAAUCCACAAGGGAACAACACACUUGAAGAAUGCAUGGAUACUAGUAGACAGAGUAGCCCUUUGUGUUCAUCAAAGUCCCAAUGUGCAGUUGAAGGUUGUCUUUCAAAGGGAUUUGCAGGACUACUCUCAACUAGUUCCUAUGUGCAGUUUGGUAGAGAAAGAAGAGCUUCCUUUAGAUGA